UAGCCCCCACACACUCUUUUCUCUCUUCCUAAUGCCUCUAUUUUAGUUUAGCUAACUUCCACUACCACAAAUACAACAGUCUUCUUCUUCUUUCUUUUAUUCGUCUAUUCAUUUAAUUUUCCUAUUUUGAAUACACACACACACAAUCCACCAACCAAAAAUAACAAUCAUGCAACCCAUGCAAUGUAAAACACAAAGCACGUGCCACUAGCACGUGUUCAGACCCAUCAAACGCCUAACUUCCUUCUCUAUAUUAUUACUUUACAAUAGCUUAUAACUUCGCCUAAUAGUUCUAAACAACCACCGUCUGCGGCGGCGAAAAUCCAGUAAUAAAAUGAUCGGUUCAUGGGCAGCUGUAGUUUUCCUUUUUUGGGAACUCUUUUUGAGUUCUUUUGUUCAUUUGGCUUAUGCUUUGUAUAUUUUUACCUCCGCUGUAGCUGGUGAUGUUUCGGACUCUCUCAAUUUAACCUUUCGAAAGUUUAAAUUGGUCAAUUUUGACUCCAAAACGACGCUGCCGUCCUCGUUGAGAAAUUCCGACCAGCAUCUUCCUCCAAUCGUUUUGGUUCAUGGAAUUUUUGGUUUUGGAAAAGGGAGAUUAGGGAGCUUAUCGUAUUUUGCUGGGGCUGAGAACAAAGACGAAAGGGUUCUUGUGCCCGAUUUGGGGUCCUUAACCAGCAUUUACGACAGGGCUUGUGAAUUGUUCUAUUAUUUGAAAGGUGGAAAAGUCGAUUACGGUGAAGAGCACAGCAGAGUUUUUGGUCACUCGCAAUUCGGCCGCCUGUAUGAACAAGGGGAGUAUCCUGAAUGGGACGAGGAUCAUCCUAUUCACAUCGUGGGGCAUUCCGCCGGAGCUCAGGUUGCUCGCCUACUCCAACAAAUGCUCGCCGAUAAGGCAUUCAAGGGCCACGAAAACACUUCCGAGAAUUGGGUUUUAAGUAUAACGGCUAUAUCAGGUGCCUUCAAUGGAACCACAAGAACUUACUUGGAUGGAAUGCAACCAGAAGAUGGAGAAACUAUGAAACCAAUAAGUCUGCUACAGCUUUGCCGAGUUGGGGUAAUAGCUUAUGAGUGGUUGGACAUUGGCUGGUUGAAAAAAUAUUACAACUUUGGAUUCGAUCACUUCCCCAUGUCAUGGAAGAAAAUGGGAAUUUUGGGUUUGUUAAAAUGUUUAUUGGGAAAUACAGGUCCAUUUGCUUCGGGAGAUUGGAUUCUUCCUGAUCUUACAAUUCAAGGAUCAAUGAGAUUGAAUAGCCGUUUGCAAACCUUUAAAAGCACUUAUUAUUUUAGCUAUGUUACAAAGCCUCCAAGAAAAAUCUUUGGUCUCACCGUUCCUUACAGUAUCAUUGGAAUCCACCCUCUGCUUUCUAUCAGAGCAUUGCAAAUGAGCCGGUGGCGAUUUCCUUCCGAGCUCUCGCCACCGUAUAAAGGCUACCGGGAUGAGGAUUGGCAAGAGAAUGAUGGGGCAUUAAACACAAUAUCUAUGACUCACCCACGUUUUCCAAUCGAACAUCCAAGCCAUUUUGUUCAUAAUGAAUCUGAAUCUCAAUCUUGGGAACCUGGCAUCUGGUACUACAAGAUUGUCGAGGCAGAUCACAUAUCAUUCAUUAUUAAUCGGGAUCGAGCAGGAGUUCAAUUCGAUCUGAUAUACGACAGAAUUUUCGAGCGUUGUAGAAAACACAUAUUUAGAAGGAAACAACAAUUGAUCUUGCCAAACCCAAACACCGAAGUGCAAUCGUGAAACAAAAUCAAUAAAAAAAAAUUACUUCUACACAUUCAUGUUAA